CUCUAGGUGGAAGGAAUGCAGGUGGGAGGCUUUCAUUUUCACCUUGAGUUUUUUUUAACUCCUGUUUUGUGUUCCAGCCCCGCCUAAGUGAUAGCCACAUGCUGCCUGAACAAAAGAGGCUUGAAUAGUUUCUUAGCUAUCCUGUGUGUAGCAGAGCCACCUGGGUGUAAUCUCUGAAAGGGACAGUGACCGGGAGCAGCCACAUUGGAAAAAGGAUCAGGACGCGGGGACACAACUGCUGGAGCCUGGAGAACCAACCAGGAAGUGAGCGUGGACAAGUUUCAAGGCAGGCAGUGACCCUUUAACUGCUGGAGGUGUCUGUGCUUGACUGGAGUAACUGAAAACUCAAACAAGAAAAAAAAAAUCUUCUGGGACGCAAUCUGCACAUCGCGCUGUCACAUCAGAGUUUUCACUCCUCUUUGUCUCCUAUUUAAUAGGAAAGGAAUUUAAUACACCCCGGUGUGAAGGUGCACCUGUGCUGCCUUCCAGUUCUGCAGGCAGGGGGUGCUGUGGCUCCCUUCAUCCCUCUACACUGACAUGCAGAGCAUGAACUCCAUUGACUUCGAGGAGCUAGCCGAAAUAGAGCUGCAGAAAGAUGAGGAAGAACAGGCGCAGUUGGGUGGAGUCACAGUCACGGAUGAUGGAACCCAAGAAUUUAAUGAUGUCAGUGUAAAUGAUCCAUACUAUGACAUUGCCCGUCAUGGUAUAAUUAAUGUAGCGGGUGAUGAUAACUCAGGUCGGACCGUGAUUACGUUCAGUUGUUUUCGCUUACCGCCAUGUCAUGAGAUUGAUCACGCCCGUCUGCUAGAAUACCUGAAGUAUACGUUGGACCAGUAUGUGGAGAAUGACUACACCGUUGUCUACUUUCACUAUGGCCUAAAUAGUCGCAAUAAACCAUCUCUCAGUUGGCUCCAGAGCGCCUACAAGGCGUUUGACAGGAAGUAUAAGAAGAAUCUAAAGGCGCUUUAUGUUGUGCAUCCAACUAACUUUAUCAAAGUUCUGUGGAAAAUAUUCAAGCCAGUGAUAAGUCACAAGUUUGGCAAGAAAGUUUCCUACAUGAACCACCUAAGUGAUCUUCGAGAGCAUCUCCGAUUUAACCGUCUCAUCAUUCCACAGGAAGUGUUACAACAUGAUGAAAAGCUCCGCCUCCAACACAAAGGAAAAACCGCACCUGUUACAAAAGCUCCUCCACCUCGACCGCCGCUCCCUACUCAACAGUUUGGUGUCAGCCUGGAGUACCUAAAGAACAAAAACAAAGGAGAGCUGAUCCCCCCAGUCAUGGAACAGACAAUUUCGUACCUGAAAGUGAAAGGUCUGCGCACUGAAGGUCUCUUUCGAAGAUCAGUCGCCGUUCACAUCAUCAAAGACAUCCAGAAGCUGUAUAAUCUGGGGAAGGCCGUGAAUUUUGAUGAGUAUGGUGAUCCGCACAUACCUGCUGGAAUCCUGAAGACCUUCCUGCGUGAACUGCCGGAUCCUUUGCUGACCUUUCAGUCUUACCAACGCAUACUGAGGAUCACCAGUGUGGAGAGUAUCCUACGUGUAAACAGCUGUAAAGAGAUCGUACACAGACUCCCAGAUCAUAACUAUGCCGUGCUGAAAUAUCUCAUCUGUUUUCUGAAAGUGAUUUCUCAGGAGAACAUCAGCAAUAAGAUGACCGCCUCAAACCUGGGCUGUGUGUUUGGACUGAAUUUGGUGUGGCCGCAGGAAGGAGCCCCGUCCAUUAAUGCUCUGGUCCCAGUAAACACGUUCACAGAAUUGCUUAUUGAAUACUACCCACAAAUCUUCAGCUCCAGGACUGUCCUGGGUGAGAAACUCCCAUAACCACGAUAGACUAUACAAUGGACAAUUCACAGAAACGAGAUGAUGA